UCAUCCCAGAGCCCAGCUGACUCAGAGAAACCAAAGUCAGUCGCCUGUUGCUCCAACUAGUUAAUCAGACAGCCCAGCUCAGGAGUUAGAAACCGGAUCAUACAAAACUCUCUGCUCGUUCAUGUAACUCAGCCGUACCGUGUUUUUGGAUGCCCCGUUUUAUUCGUUACCUCGGGACUUUGAAACAAUGCAGCUAACUGCUGUUCAGCCGACCCUUUGAGAUGGAGAAAACCUCAGCAGAAGAUGACUGCGUGGAUUCAGGAGCCGAGACUGGAGGGUCUGAUUACAGUCCCUUAUCCUCAACGAGCAAUGCUGUUGUAUGCGGAGGUGAGUUAUCCAUGGGUGAGCUCCAGGAUCCCUUCCUCGUCAGCAUCCAUCUCAUCGUUGACCCCGGCCAGGGCAAGUUCCUACAGUAUGCUGCUGAUGCUGUGCUGGCAUGGGUUCACCCUGAGCUGCAGCUCUUCCGAGUCUCAGAGCGAGCCUCCAUCUCCCAGCGGCCCUGGCCCAAGCACCAUCAAAAUAGUAGCCUGACUGCAGCUUGCCAGCCGGCCCUAGCAGUCAUCCUCUUCCUCCAGGAGGCGUACGGUGGCGAGGAGCAGAUACUGAUGCUGCACCGCGCUUUGCAGAGGCCACCUUGGCGAUACCACCACACUGAAAAAGUCAGCAAUGGCCGGCGGAUGCUACCGCUGACACCAUGCAGUCAGGACUUUUUCACUCUGUCUCCUGGCACGCCGCUCUGGGCCGUGCGGCAGGUCCAUUAUGGGAAAGAAAUUGUGCGAUUUACUGUUUAUUGCCAACAUGAAAAUUAUGUCGACAUGGUGCGACUUUACAAGCUGCUGCUUCAGCGGAGAGUAGCACAGAAGAAGGAGGACUUUUGCUUCUUUGUGGUGUACUCCAACUUGGAUAUGGAGAUCCAGUUGUCAUUCAAAAGGCUCCCACGAGGUCAGAGUCCAGUAGUGCUGGACUCGGCAGUGAUGGAGGUGAGGGUACGAGAUGUCGGGGCGCUGGUGCCGCUGCUGCCACACCCCUGCAGCCCAAUCAGUGAGGUCCGCUGGCAGACAGAAGACUACGAUGGAAAUAAGAUUUUGCUGCAGGUCCAAGGUGCACACUUCAAAUACCAACAAGAUCUCUGCCACAUAUCAUCCACUGUCACUGAAUCAGCCUCAGCUCCAUCCACCUUCACCCGUAGCGCCGCCUCCUACAGGAACCGUCGGCACCACCAUCGGGCGACAUCCCGUCUCAGAGUCCACCAGAUGCCCCAUAGCUCCCACCCUCUGGCCUGUGAGGAGCCGGAUGAGCAGGAGCAGUGGGCUGACCAGCACCAGUGGAGGGGCCACCAGUCUGGCUCCCUCUUCUCCCUACCCAACCUGGGCUCAGCCAGCUCACGCUCCACCUGCUCCUCUCCUGGGCCUUCUCCCAGACCCCAUCACAGGAGCCACUCCCUUAACAGGAGCUCCUCCCUCAUCCCGCCCUUCCGGCUCAACGUGGACGCUCUGAUUGGGGCGGAGGAGACAGAUGUGGACACAGGGAACAAAGUAGAUCCAGGCAGCAGUAUGGACCUUAGUGUGGUGUCUGCGUACAUCAAAUCCAGCCUGCCACAGACUUCUCGGCCAUUGUCGGCGCCACCAGAAGAUAUCAGACCCUCCCUCUCUCCUGGCAUCCCAGAGAGCGCCUACAGGGCAUCCACACUGGGCCGGACUCCGAACAGCUUCAUCACCAACAGCAUUCCCUCUACCUUCCUGGGGUCACGUAUCCAAAGAACCAGUGUGAACACAAGUGCUGCUCCGUCCCUGAGCGAUGUUUCCAUCAACCAGUCUGACAGUUGCAGCAUUAUUAGUGCCCCAGUUGAAGAGGCAGACAAGGUAGAAGAAGAAGAAGAACAAGAAUUCUACAUUUAAUCUAUUGUUGUGAGCUGAGAGGACUCACUCUGGUCAGUAAUGACAAGGACUCUGCCCCCUGGUGUUUGAUUACAGAUUACAGUGACUAUAAACUGGAGCACAGUUUAAACUGUAUUUGAUGUUCUCCUGUAUUUUGCAUGUAGAUUUAAGCUUUGUAAAUGUCAGGUUAUGUAAGAAAAUGAAAUUAGGCAUUUAAAGGACCAAUCACAUAACUGUGUACAGAUUCAAUAAAUGUUUUUCUCCAUCAUGUAUGCUAUACACUACCUUAAUGUAACUUUCCAACCUUGAUUCUCCAUUUUAUUUAUUUUAAGUGUUUAUUUGAACAACUAUUAUUGUUUGAGCAUUAAUGUGAGACUAUAAGUUUUAUUUAUAUAUAGAACAUAUACAAAUAGUGUAACAUUGAGUCUCUAAAACCUCUAGAGAUUCAAGGGAAAGCAGGUUAGAGUAUGAAGGCCCCUAUAGCUUGUUAAGUUAGUGUCCAUUAUAGCAAAAUGACUAACAAGCUAUUUCAUAUUUCAUGCAGAAUUUAUGAGGGUUUGUAGUAAAAGGUAAAAAGUGGCUAAACAAGUCCAGAUAUCAUGAAGCAAAGUAUAUGAAUAAAAUAAACUGAAGGAUUUGAGAGCUGA